AUGAAAAUUCAGUCCAAAGUGUUAACACUACCAAUGAAGAUAAAUCAAAUGAAUGCUUGCAUUAACACAAAUAGCUUUGCUAAUAGUGUGCGGAAUACAAACCCACAUUCUAUAUGCGUGGGCUUAUUUUCGCAUUAUUUAAAUGCUAAAAAGACCAGUGAUGGAAUGUGUGGGUUGAUUUAUUUUGUAUUGAAGUGUAUACAUACCGGUGUUCUUCUACGUGGAUCAAUUUUUGUGGAACGUAUGCUUAUGUUUUUUGUGUAUGAACUUAUUUUGCAUUUGUACAUUGGCAUGUACAUCACUUUUGUUAUGCGUGGACGUAUUUUUCGUGUCAAUGCGAUAAAAUUCACACUUUCAUUGGCAUUUUGUAUUAUCGAAAUUGACAAUAGAGUUGCGUUUGUGUGGAUGUAUUUUGUAUUUUCAAAAUGGACAAAUUCACGGUAUUGCAUAGAACUCACCUAUGGCAGAAAGCAAACUAUUCAUUCACAACAGUCAUACAUGGUAACACGUUCUGGGACUAAGCUUUUACCAAAUGAUUAUGUGAAGAGCAGAAGCAUUUUCAGCCGAAAAGAACAUCAAUUAUUUUCAAAUGACUGCGAAUUUUUACGCAACAAUAUGUACAAAGAUAACCACUUUAAAUUGGAUGAUACCAUGCCAUGCACUACUGAUAAACGUAAAUUUACGCCUUUACCAUUGAUGAAGUUGACUGACCUCCGUAUGACUUUUACUCCAAAUAUUAUGUGUACCGAAUUGCUCCAAAAUCCCUCCACACAUGAAGCCAACUCACCAUUAUAUCAGAAACUUUCCAGUUCCCUAUUAUUGUUUGUUUGA